UGCGGGCGGGCGUUGUCAGACAGAGCCAAGCCUCACAGGAUGUGUGCACUCAGUCUGCUGCUAAGUCUCUGGAGUUAGCUAGGGAGCUAGCCAUGAGCUAACAAGUAGCUAGCUGAGACUUCUCAUUCUGCCACCAUAAUUCAACCUUUGUCAAACGCCGUGCCAAGGUGAAUACUGUCUUAUUUAAAGGAAUUCUCAUUCGGCCCUUUGUCGCAGCUGUGUUAUACGUUCUACAUUUCACAAUCCUUCCCUGCACCGCCAGCUUCACCUUGAACUUCAUCCCUUUCACACUUUGAUCUCCUCCUAGACAGAGCUAUGGCAGCUGCUAAGCCAAAGGGGCAGAACUCUCUAGCCCUUCACAAAGUGAUAAUGGUGGGCAGUGGAGGGGUGGGGAAAUCAGCCCUCACACUCCAGUUCAUGUAUGAUGAGUUUGUUGAAGACUAUGAGCCCACCAAAGCAGACAGUUACAGGAAGAAAGUGGUGCUGGACGGAGAGGAGGUACAGAUCGACAUCCUCGACACAGCUGGACAAGAAGACUAUGCAGCCAUUCGAGAUAACUACUUCCGCAGCGGCGAGGGUUUCCUCUGCGUGUUUUCCAUCACAGAACUGGAAUCAUUUGCAGCAACAGUUGACUUCAGAGAGCAGAUUCUGCGAGUGAAGGAGGAUGAGAAUGUGCCCUUCCUCUUGGUUGGUAACAAAUCAGAUUUGGACGAUCGACGGCAGGUUAGCGCAGAGGAGGCGAAGGCCCGUGCUGAGCAGUGGGGCGUGUGCUACGUGGAGACUUCUGCCAAAACCCGGGCUAAUGUCGACAAGGUGUUCUUUGACCUGAUGAGGGAGAUCCGAGCGAGGAAAAUGGAGGACAGCAAAGAGAAAAACGGGAAGAAGAAAAGUAAAAGUUUGGCCAAGAGAAUUAGAGAGAGAUGUUGUAUUUUAUAGUGGUAAACAAGGGCAGGAUAGCUGCUUAUGUACAUAUACAUUUCUCAGACUUUUGCAUUUAUUUUGUGCCCACACCUGACCAUGACUUUCUGUUCCUGGCUAACAGGACAUCUGACCGUGUGUCAGGGAGUAGUAAGGUGGCACUCUAUUUAUAGCUCUAACUUUGUAUGUGCUGACACUCCAAAUCAUUUAUGUACCCCCUCCUACUCUGACCAAGUUACAGAGUGUAAUACAUGGAUCGUGUUUGAUGUAGGCCUACGCUUGACAAGGGGCUUAAGCCGUGAAAUGUUACGAAACCUUUGAUUGUAAAGUUUGAUGUGUAUAAUAUAUUCAGACAACUGUGCAGAUACGAAGUGAUAGAGCCAAGGUUUGAAUGGGGGAAAAUUGUAAAUUAAGAUUGGUAAGGAAAUAAGUGAACAGACUCAGCAAUGAAGUGUCAACCCAGAAUUCAAUGCCACCAAGGAAAUGUAUGUUGCACUGGUGAAUCUAUGAAGCAUUUUAAUUGAAGGGUUGUUCGAGUCAAAAUUGCACUCCAUUUCUAUUUGUUGAUUUACACCUGGAUUUUAUUAUGUGGUAAGGUUAUGACCACAUUUUUAGCUGUGAAGUCAAACGCUCCCCUUCCUUUCAUGUUCUCGAUCAACCAGUGUAAGAUGAGCGCAUUAAUGUUUCAUCUUUCUUUCCCCUUUGUGUCACUUUGAGUCUUCAAAUGCACAACUGAUCAUUACCCUAUAAUCUGUGAGGGAACACUUCAACUUCUUUCAACAGAAGUUUAACUUCAUUGCCUUUUUUGUUUGCGAUCAAGGAAUGCCUGGUGCUCUGAUAAAAGGCCAUUCCAUAACACUACAUCCUAGUUUACUUGAUGUUUUUAAACACAACCUAAAGUUGAUCAAAUAAAUUGCUUCCAGUCAUGUAAAGAUUUAUUUUGCCAAUUUUACUUUUCCUGGCUCAGACUUUUAAUCACAAACAUUUUCUCAAUAGGGACUUGUGUUGGGAUAACUUAAUGGAAUUAUGCAUUUUAAGGCAUACACAAAAAUGAAUGCAGGCUUUGUAGCAGAAAGGUGGUAGCUGUCCAAAUGUAGUUGCUCUCAGUCACCAAAGAAAAGUGCUAGCUAGUACAAACAAGUGCCCACUUAUUAAUGGAACUGAAGGACAACUGGCUAUAGUGAGCGUGAGGGGGAAGCACAGCAGUGUUUUUGUCUUUGGCAAAGAGGAACUUAUAGAAUUGAAUUGCGAAGGACCUGGGGGGAAAAUUGCAAAGUAACGAGGGAUUCAGUAAUUCAUGUACAGUGCAUCACUGUUGCCUCUGUCCAUUGUGAAUGUGACCCCCCACCCCACCACCCAUGCCCUUCCUGUUUGCCUGUAAUCUUAGCCUGCCAUGAUGUGCAGAGUUUGAAGGUCGUUGACGGUCUACUUUGUUUACCUUUGUUACAUUUUGUGCAAGGCUUCCAGUUGUUAUAAAGCUGUAGUAGCAUCUUCAUGAAAUUCCUCGUGUAGCUUGUGUACUUGUGUAUUUUAGCAGUGUAAACAUUGGCAACAUAAGAAAUUCAUCCGUGAUUAACACCUAAAAUUGCAUAGACCAAACCACACUGUGAAAUAUGCCCCUCAACUCUCUUACUUUCCCUUUAUGACUGAGACACUCUUUUUCAUUUAACUUAUUUAAAGUAAUUUAUUUUUCAAAGGCUGACCAUCGUUCAGAAAUUGUUGCCUCGUUUCACUCCAAAGUAAAUGUUUGUGUGUGACACGUUGCUAACAACAACAGCUCACCAUUUACAUUACAGGAUUUCCUCAACAAAUAGGAUGUCCAACGCUGGAGUCUAUGCAAAAGAGCGAUUGUUACUGCAAAGGACAAGAGAUUAUGAAACUGGGAAACAUUUUCUAAAGUGUUUCAGUGAAUGCACUAGAAGCAUUUCAGCUUAGAAAACCUUACAUCGUUAAAACAUAUUUUUACAUUUUUAAAUAAAUCAUGUUGAUUCCUUUGAUAUUAUCAGUUCCUGGUUUUGUUUACAGGCUUUGAUUGUCUUAUAUGUCACUGUGUAAAUUGUACAAAAAUGACAGUAAUGCAAAAGAAUGUCUGGUAUUUGUUGUUAACUGAAAAGCACACUGUAGAACGACUUGGAGUUUAAAGAUAUGUGAGGCAAACCCAACAUGUUGGGAACUUAAGGCAAUAGAAUGUUAAGAAAGUAGUUUGGGUUAAUUUGCUCAAGGGCUAACCUCCAGUAUAUACAUGAUUGAAACACAUCUGAUGGUUGGAAUGACGCAGAAACUGACAGUUAUAAUCACAGUCUGGUAGGCUUCCUUAGCUUAUGGACGUUACAUGUGUCUGCAUUGUUAAAGAAUACAGAAGCUACUUUUGGUACAGUGACCACCAUAGUGCUUGCUUACUCUAACAUUUGCUUAACACAGUCUUAAUUCUUGUUUCAGUACUUCUCUUGAGAAGAAAACACUCUAAUUAUUUUUCUUUGUCUUCAUGUUAAUAGACUUGAUGGCCCAGAUAUGUUCAAGGGUGAUAUUAAACUGAUAUUUGUGUGAAAACUAUGAGCAAACUCCUACUGGGUAUUGAAGUAGCUUUAACUGUGAUUUAAAUACCCUUGGAAGAAAGAAAAUGUACCUCUAUGAUUGGAUGGUUGUAUGUAUGACAUCAACAACAUGUUUUCUUCCUAUUUUAGAACAUAACCACUUAUGUAGCCCGUCUGUCUAUCUGUUUGUGAAUGCAAGAGGUGAAGCUUACAUUUCAGUUAAUUUUUUUUGUGAGCUAUAUGAAAAAUGGCAAAUAAAAUGGAUAUUACUAAUAAUA